AUGGAAAAUACAACAAUGAUAUUAAAUAAUACAAUGAAUAUUUCUACUUCAACUGUUAAUAUGACAGUCCAUCAAAAUCUUACAACAAUUGUAACAAGUAAAAAACCAUUAUUUAUUCAAGGACAAGAAUUAAUCAAUGAAAGAAUUAAUAAAAUGGAUCGCGGUACAUUGAUAUGGAGUACUGCUGCACUUGUUGCUUUUACUUGUAUUAUUUUAAUGUAUAUUGGAAUAAGAACUUUUAUGCUACGUAAAAGACGUCAAACAAGAAGAUACAAAUUACUCAGUAAUGCUACUACAAUGGAAGAACCUCUCUUCAACGAUCAUGAUGAAGAGGAAGAGAAAGAUGAUGACACAUUGUUCGUUCGUAAAUAA